UACAAAAUCAACAGAGGAGACAUUUUCAUUUGUAAAAUUUGAAAACCGUAUAAACAAUGAACCACAUUUACAAUGAGCAACAACAGAAGAAACUGACGCGAGCCAUAGCGAUGCGUGCGCUCAUGUAUGCCAGUGGCGAUAACUGCUACUGUCCUGUGAAGAAACCCACCAAAUUCAUUGUGACCCUAAAGCCGGUCGUUAAAGCACCAAACGCCGAUCCAUAUCUCAGUUUAGAAGCGCAACGUGCCAGCGGCUGCACCUGUAAUCUGAGAAAUCAGCAAAAUACCCAAACCGCUGAGAAAAAUCAAGUGCGUACCAAUAACGAGGCAUUACAAGGCAAAACACUAUUGAAUGCCUUUCGCGUACUGACCAAUUCGAAAUUCAUCACUAUCGAUCCGAAAUAUGAUUACGGCGACAGUGGAGUGCUCUCGCCCUCCUGCCAAAAGAUUCGACUGUGCGGUGGCUCAUAUGAAACACGAAAGAAUAACGAAAAUUGUGAAUGUUCCAAAGAGACAAAGCAAGUAGCGACUAAAACAGAGAAGAAUGACAAUAAAUUUCUACAACCAGGACAAGAGCGAACAAAGCCGGAAAAGCGUGCCAAAAGUCCAAAGUCUAAACCUAGUCAGAUAUCAUUUGUUUGCGAAAAUGGACGCAUCUAUCGUAUACUGCAGCGUGGUUGUUAUGAAAAAGGCGAGAAAGCAAAGAAACCGCCGAAAUAUCGUGUUGUGUAUCCAGGUGGAGAGAAACCAGAGGAAAUGAAAAAGGAGCCCAAAAAAGAGAAGGAGAAAACGCCGCAAAGAUCACGAGAACCCUCAAAGGAACGUGAGCAGUUGAAAUGUGAAUUGAAGCGCGCACCAGAGCAAGAGGAUGUAACGCCACCGCCCAUGACACCACCGCACAGAUGCGCUGAGAAGGCGGUGGGUACGAGUGAUGCACCGAGCGCGACUUCACAGCAGCAGAACGUGCUGGACAUGAUUAGCUGGAGUCCGCUAAAGUACUUUGACAUUAACUGUAAUGGCGCAGCAAAGACACAGCAAACCGAAGAAGAACCAUGCAUGGAAAAGCCGCCCUGUCCACUAAGCAUAUUUCCAUUUCCCAGCAUACGAAAGAUAGUAGCGCCCGCUGAAGCGCCAACAGCCGCUGUUACACCCGCUGCAGAGACAGAGCCGCUUCAUACAGUGAAAGAGGAGCCAAUACCUUGCCUUGAGAGAGAGGUGCCACGGCAGCCCUUACAAACGGCUCCGCCAUCCAAAUCGCCUGACGUAAGCAAAGAGAUUAUAGCACAGCAAUGCAACCGCAUACACAAUUUGGAGCUUCAAGUCAACGAACUGCGUCGCGAACUCGGCCAUAUGAAGACAGAAAUCAUACCGCCUGAUGAAAUGUUACGCUGCACAGCGCUCACCGCGAAACUACGCGAACUCUCGUCAUUACUUGCCGAUCUCAAGACCCAGCAUACAGAAGCAAUUUCCGCAGUGCUGUUGGCGCAAAGGCAAGCUGCCGAGAAGAAGAAACUUGGGUGCACCGCCGUCACACAAACGCCACGGCCACCCACACCGCCGCCGCCACCAACACCCCCCGUAAUGAAAGCGGAAACAGUGCAAACGCACUAUAAUGCAGCAAGUAAACUCUCACAAACCAAUGCCAGUUUCGGUUGGCGGCCAUUCAUUGAUGAGGCUACACAAAGUUCGCCACCCUCCACAGUGCCGGUGACACCUAAGAACACCUCAAGCGCGCCGGUCAGCAGUCAUGCCAGUUCGGCGGCUAGUUCUGCGCUACCCUGCCGGCAUGGCACCGGCGAGCUGCCGUUAAAGGAGUCACCCAGCUUCUGUCCCUACUGCCAAUGCAGCGCGUACCCACGUUGCGUCUACAUCGAAAGCAAUCUCUAUGGCGAAAUCAUGCGCAUACUGCAACAUCACGCGCCCUGCGAGGCGGUGCUGUCGGUGCUGUUACAACCCAAUAAUAUAUAUCACAUAAAUAUUUCGUUGACCAGCACCGGUGAGCCGCUGGGUUGUAUCUACGCAACGGAGCGCGCUAUCAACGAAGCCGUCGAGGCCGAUGUCUUCAACCGAUUCCUCACCUUCUUCAUUGUGGAUGCGCGCAUUUCGGUGCAACAGAAGGAGAAAAUCCUCGCGCACACCUUUGAGUUCUUCAAAAACUAAUGCUAUUCCUAUAUGCUUGGUAUAUACAUAUGUAAUACUAUAACUACAAUAUACAUAUAUAAUGCUAAUA